GUCCACGCAUAUCUAUACCGUCUGUGAUUUCGAUCCAGAAAAAGGCUGCACAAAUGGAGUAAUUAGAGCUAUGAUGUUCACUCAUAUUCUGUAUUCACAGUCAUUAGUAGUUUAACCGCUUGUAGUAGGAACUACAUUUCCCGACAUCGCCUACAAACCGGAAGUUUGUCUGUUGCUGCGGCAAUUAGCAGGCUGUCGCUAACUUUAAUUUACAUGUUAGCUUUCGUGGACCCAGAAGCUGUUGCUUAUCAAGGUGUAGGAGAGAUGCUGUGUGAUUUGCAACAUGCGUCCCACUGAGCCAGGUGCGAAUGAUGGGCGCAACCGCAAAACUAACAAAACCAACACCAACCGGGGAAGAACUGUAGCUCAGUGUCGUGAGGCUCCUGAAUCCUGCAGCAAGAGCAAAAAAUCCAAGAAAGUAGGAUUAUCUGUCAAGAAGCCCAGUCAAACUGUUCCAGCUGCUGCCAGUAAAAAGGAUGCAUGUCCGUCGAAACAUGAAAAAAUCAGAGAAAUGUCUUCCAGUAUAAAAGCAGCUCCUGAGAACAAAGUCAAGUGGUCGAAACAAGAUAGUCAUCUGUGCAAGUGGUACCCGGAGGAGAUGUCAGCAGCAGAGGAAGAUAACAGUGAGGAGGAUCUAUACAGGGCAGCAGAGGAAAUAGAACAGGAAAGGCAGGAGAAGCAUACUGAAAGACAGCUGUCAAAAGCAGCUUCUGUGCUUAAUUUUGAGGACCAGACCAGCGUGUCAGCUCCUGAAGGUCUGCUCUCCUACAGUCAGAGAGAGUGGAAAGGAAACACCACCAAAAGUCACCUCAUCAGAAAGGGAUAUGGAGCAGUAGCUCAAAAGUUUGAUAGUCUGCGCAGAGUACGAGGUGAUAACUACUGCGCUCUGAGAGCGGCCCUCUUUCAGCUCUUCAAUCAGACGAGCAAACUCAGUAACUGGCUGCAUGAUUCUGAAAAUGUUCAGCUGCAGUGUGUGCAAGAUUUGGUGGAAGAAUGGAAGUUCCCUUUUGCGAGCAGAGAAAAAGGAGGAGCAGUGGAGCAGUUGGAACAAUGUCUGAAGCUCCUGAGCCUUAGGUGGCACGAGGCAAUACAGUGUAAGAGUCAAGCAGAGCGGGAACGUUUUUGCCAAAAACUGUUUGUGGGGGACCGUGAAGAAUAUGAGCUGCUGGAGGCCCUGAAGUUCUUGAUGCUGAAGACAGUCAUUCAGUUACACUAUGACAUGCAGAAGGGCUCCAGUGUGCCUGAGUUCUGCUGGCUACUUUUUGCCCGUGACACCUCUAAAUGUCCCAGGAGCUUCCUCACUAAUCACCUUAGACAUGUGGGUUUCAGCGGAGGUCUCGAACAGGUGGAGAUGUUUCUGCUCGGCUACUCCCUAGAGCAUACGCUACAGGCCUUUCGACUCUACAAGACAGACACUGAGGAGUUCAUCACCUACUAUCCAGAUGACCACAGGACAGAGUGGCCUUGCCUGAGCCUGCUCACAGAAGACGAUCGACACUAUAACGUGCCAGUGCCUAAACAGUCCAAACUAGAAUCGGCAAAACACGACAAGCCAAUCAGGCCCAUAUGGAACAAGCCUUCAAGUGGAACAGGAAGAACUACACUUCUGUAGAGAAAAUCUGAUGAGGGACACCAUUCAGGUUUGGAGGCUUCAUUAUGUCGGAUGAUUUUCGGCCACAAACCUCCCAGUUUUUAUGCAUUUUUGUAUAGAAUUCAGCAUCUGAGGAGGGUUUUUUUUUUUCCUUUCAAUAAAUAAUAGAUGAGCUAAUCACCAUGUGAAUAUUGAUGCUAUUGGAACUGUCUGUAUGGAUACUUCUAUAUGGUUUCAGGCCAAUAACAUGCUUAUUUACUCGUGCUUUUGAAAGAUGCUGCAAUACCAACAAUCAAUACUAAAUGGUGCAAUGUGACUUAGGGCUAAUGUGCGUCAUAAUGAUAAUGACGGACGCCACGAAAUGACCAUAUUUCAUGAUUAAUAAUGGCAAAAAUGUGAUUUUCUCACUGCUGUGAGUGCUCAUUUCUACAAUAGAAGUAACCUGUUCUAAUAUUUCAAAAAAUAAAACUCGGCACAAGAAGUGCACAACAGCAAGCAUUGCAGAGUAGCUGAGAAAAGUGUCCCCAGACAUUUCUAGGUAUUGUUCUUGACAAUCAGCUGCUAUUGCUUAUUAGCAACAAGGCAUUCUGACGUAAUGAAGCCAAACACGCUGUAUAUGUUUUCCACACAGCCGUAUACAUCACACUUUCCGAAGUGAAACAACUUCUUGCUCUUCUUCACAGCAAACCUACUCGAGCCAAGGUAACUAAUGUAGCUAGCUAAUGCAGUUCAUUUAAAAACCAGUUAGCUAAAACUGAAUUAAAAAACGAGCUUAGUAGCCUGUAUGCAUGCUGGCAAAACAUUAGCAGAGCUGAAUAUAAUGUUCAGUGACGAGCGUGAUUUAAUACUACACACAAUUUACAUAUUCACACAUUCAACUCAGUUUGUAUUUUUUUUUUUUUUUUUCCCCAUUUGCACCUAGCUUUCAAACAAGAAGUACUCGGUUCUUUGUUAAAGAGUAUACACAUCAUGUUACCACAGGAAAUAGAAAUUUACCUUCUCCUAACUGAUAACCAAAUGCUGGAAUUGCCAAAACAAACUCAAAUCGAAGUGUACUGUUGCUUUUUGUCCUGUCAGUAGCUCAUAUGUGAAACGCUUUCAGAAUCAGAAUCUGUACUGAUCUCUGUACCAAAAGCACUCUGCACAGCCAUGUUCAAACAGCACAGUCAAACCCACUGAGGUAGAAACUGGAGGGUGCAUAUAUACAAGGCUUUACAGUAACCACCACACCAGUGGUAGCUUAACACCUCAUCCUAACCCUGUACCCUAUACUCUAUAUAGUGAUAUGUGAAAAGACUAUAUUGAAAAUGUACUCAGCCUUUUACAUUUCCAUCUCUUCUCACAUUUCCUUCCUCAAGUCUCCUUCUGUUUUGUACAUUUAUUUAAUUGCAGUAAUGCAGUCUACCAGCCUGUUUAUUAGACUAGACCUGUUUGCACAGGUUUAGCAAAGCUAUAAUGGAAUAAUGUUGAUGCACAAUUCAGGGAUUAUUGUGUUAAACCAUUAACAGAAUUAUAGAAGUAUAUUUGGAAAAGACUAGAUUGUAAAUAAAAAAUGGAAAAUGUGCAAUUUUAAGUAUUCCGAAAGGAGGUUUUUCACCUUGCUGGUAUAAUAUAUAAAAAUGAAAUGGAUAAGCUGUAAUUCUCCCAAAUGUCAUGUAUUUAAUUUUUUUUGUGUGUGUGUGUGUAACUGAGGUUUAUUAUUUUAUGAAUAAUUUUAUUGUUACAUAGCUUUUGUUUUCCAUCCAUUUGCAUACAUUUUUUAAGCAAAUAUAUCAUUCUGCAAAAAAAAUUAAAUCGUACAAGAAAUGCAAA